UGAGUUGCAUUAGGAGGAGCAGGCUGAAGCUUAAAAGGGUUUGACACUGUUUUCCGAGCGUUUGUAGAGCUGACUGCUUGGGACAGAGCGCAAUACGUAGCUGAACGGCCAAGACCGGGUUCCCCGCGACUGGAUUGGGUUGAUCUUAUUUCUGAGUUUUAAACUGGGAAAGCAGUGGAUCCAGCGAGAUGUUCAAGAAAAAGUCCUCGAAGAACAGCGUUACGAUUACGCAAAAAAAAGUACAAAACACGGAGCUGACAGCACUGAUUGAGAAGCUACAGAAAAAUGCUGACAAGGUGGAGAGAAACAUCAUUGAUACGGAGCAAAAUCUGAUGAAAGAUGUAAGUAAAAUUAAUGAAGGAAAGCCCCCUCUGUACCAAGAUGACACCAACAAGAAGAUCCUCAAUUCGCUGGAGCUGCUCGACAGCCUUGACCAGGACUCUGUAAGCGCUGUUCGUCUCAAACAUCCACAGGCCGAAAUGAUCGAGCAAGACAUCAAGCAGCUCAGAGAAAGAGUGAGAAAACUGCGCGUCGACCACAACCGGAUUUACAGCCUGAAACGGCCCGAAAGCCUGCCGAACAUGGACUGGGGAAACAUGAUCGAAGAGAAGCAGGCAAGUCUCAACAGCAAGAGCUUUGGCAGUGACCUGCCCACGGUUGACAAUCAAGUGGAAGAACACAACAUUUUCCACAGUGAAAUCGAGGCCAUAGGCCCUCAUAUAACUGACAAUGAAGACAAGACGUACGUCAGCAGCCUUCAGGUGAAAUACAACAAACUCCUGAGUGCGUCUGCGGAGCGCCAGCGGGACCUGCACACCCUGAGGGAUUACAUGCAGCGCUGCACCAACGAGCUGUACUGGAUGGACCAGCAGGCGGAGGAGCGCCUCAACUACGACUGGAGCGAGGCCAACCUGGAUUACCCCUCCCGGCAGAAACAAUACGAGAACUUUAUCAGCAAAAGUCUGGAGGCCAAAGAGGCCACUGUUGCCACGCUGCAUGAAGAUGGUGAAAAACUUUUGGCUUCGGGUCAUCCCGGAAGUAAUGCGAUAGAGGCACACAUGGAAGCAGUGCAUGCAGACUGGAAGGAGUACCUCAACUUGCUUAUCUGUGAGGAAAACCAUCUCAAACACAUGGAAGAGUAUCACAAAUAUCAUAAAGAGGCGAGAGACACCCAGGACUUGAUGAAGAGACUAGACACUGAACUGAACCAAAAAUACAGCCCCGAGUUUAAAGAUGUGUACCAGACCGAGGCCCUGAUUUGUGAUCUCGAUGACCAGCUGAAGGCACUGGAUCGUUUCGAUGAGAAGGUGAGAGCCCUGCAGAAGCGCAGCCAGCAGGUGCUUCCCCUGAAAUACCGCAGAGAGACUCCAGCCAAAGCCCUCCCUGUGGAAGCCCUCUGCGAGUACGAGCUCAACGAGGGACAGAUCACCCGUGGGGAGAAAUACACACUCCUGAAGAACAGUGGGACCCAAUGGGAGGUCAAAGACUCCACUGGGCACAAAAUAACUGCCCCUGCUGUGUGCUUCAUGAUUCCCCCUACUGACCCUGAGGCCACUGGAAUUGCUGAAAACCUCGCUAACCAGCAAAAAGCCCUCAAGCAAAAGGUUUCCAGCAGCAAAGGUAUACUUAUGAAACGCUUCGAGGAGCUCAAGAAGGAAAACGUGGGUGCAAGUGACAAGCAGGAGCAGCAGUGCCGCCAGCUAAUGGCCGGGUUGGACAAAGUGAUCAGUGACCUUGACAAGCAGGAGAAGAGUGUCUACUCUCGUCUCCGUCCGCCCCUGGAGCAGAACCGCCCUGUUCAGGACAGUGCAGAACGGCAGCAAGGCCUGAAGGACAUAGGAGUCGCUGUUCAACGUAUUGAGCCGGAGAAGUCCUCGAAGGUACUAGAAGCAGAGAAAUUCCUCGCCUCCAAACCGAAGUGUGCCAGCACCUCACAGCUGUACGGCAAGAUGGACGAGGCCAACAACAAAUACGACAAAGUCAGCCUUCUGCUCAAGUGUGCGGAGGACAAACUUCAAAACUCAAACCGGCUCGAGAAUUCUCUUCAGAAUGGGAAGAGUUUGCUGUCCACCUAUGAGAAUAAACUGGCCAGAGAGGACGUUGCUCCCCCAGACUUGAGCUCCCUUGAAAGAAGUCAACAAGACUUGGCUGUGAUGUCCUCUGAGCUGAGAUCGAAGAGAUCUGCGAUUACCGAAGCAGAGGUGAAUCUGAAAGCUGCCAAGAGCAGCUGUGAGAACUUGUCCAACAAGCUGCAAGAGCACUGCCCCGACAUCGAGCGACAGGAGUCCGAGGUCCGCAAGCUCAGCAAGCGCUACGACAACCUUAACAGGCAAAUCGACACCAGGUCACAGAAUCUACAAAAAGCCAAGGCAUCAUACAACAGCUACCGGACUGAUUACGAAAGCCUCAACAGCUGGCUGGCCAGGGUACCAAACUAUGAACCCAGGGAACAUGAUGACAUUAGACAAAUUGACGCUAAACUGAAGAACCAAAGGAACCUACUUUCUGAGAUUGCAAGAAAGGAGUCAGAACUGAACAACAUGUCCAAAAAUGCUCAACAGUAUCAGCAAGCUGUUAAGGACUAUGAAACUGAAGCUGAGAAAUUUAAGUCUAUUCUUGACCUUGAAGAUGGCCUCGUCCCGCAGGCUUACAAACGAACAAGGCUGGAGUCCCCAGCCCUUAAAGUCAAAAAUGAGGAAUCUGCCAUGGAAAGUAAAUUCACUGAAGUCAGUGCUGUGAACAAGCAAAGACUGCAAAAUCUGGAGUAUGCCCAAAGUCUUCUGAAUCAGCAACCAGAGGUUCCUGUCCUGCAGCAGCAUGUCCAGUCUCAGAAAUCAGCGGUAUCUGGAGAGGAACCUUGGAGGAUAAAGAAACAGCUUGAGGACGAGAUUCAGAGGAGAGAACAGCUGGAAAAAGAGAUCCAAUCCAUCCAGAGUGAUAUUUAUGUGCUGGAGGCCCAAAAACCACAAGACACAAUUGUAAAGAAGGAGCUGAUCAAGAAAGUUCCCGAUCCACAGCUGGACGAGGAGCUCCACAAAGUGCAACAAAAACUCUCGGAGGAACAGAGAAUCAGCCAGGUCCUGGAGAAUGAACUGGAGCUACUCCGUAUCAAGCUGCGCGGGUUCGAAACAGAGAAGCGCGAAGGUGCACAGCAAUACAUGGUGAAGGAGGUUCUCCGCAUCGAAAAGGACAGAGACCAAGAGGAGGAGGUGAGAAAACUGAAGGAAGAGCUAGAAGAACUCCGAAGACAGAAGACAAUCAAGGAGACCGAAAUCACACAGCUGCGGAAACAAUUCGUCUUUCUGACCGAGGAGAAGUCCAAAGAGCAAGAGAAAAUUACGGAAGAGGAAGUAAUUAAAAUUCAGAAUGACCCCCAGCUUGAGAGUGAGUACAGGAUAUUACUAGAAAGUAAACAAAAAGAAAUAGAUUCAAGAAAGCAGCUUGAAGAUGAGCUUCAAUUUCUGCAGGCUAAACUCAAGAAACUGGAGAAAGAGAAGGCCAUGGCUGAGGAAAAGAUCUCGAUCAAAGAAGUUCUGAAGGUAGAAAAAGACAUUGCUUUCGAAAGAGAGGUGGAAAACCUCCGGCGUCAAUAUGAAGACGAGAAAGCCAAAAACAGGUCUUCUCAAAGGGAGCAAGCAGAUCUCCUGAGGAAGAUCGCCAGUCUUGAGGAAGACAAAUCAAAAGUUAUCAUUCAGGAAAAAAUGCGAGAGAUUGUGAGACCCGAUCCAAAGGCUGAGAAUGAAGUGUCUAACCUUCGCCUUGAACUGGUUGAGCACCAGAGGAGAUACAGAGAUGCGGAGCAACAGCUGAAAGCUCUCCAGGAUGAACUGCAAAUGCUCAGGAACAGAGGCCCGCAGGUCGAAUACAAGGAAAUCAUCAAAGAAGUCAUCAAGUACAAGAUGGAUCCAGACACUGAGAGGGAGCUAGAAAAACUGAGGAAUGAAAUUGUUGACAAAACACACCAAAAUGAAAAGUCCAAAGUGGAAAUUCAACAGCUGAAGGAGGAAAUCCAGAGGUGGAAGGAUACUAAGCCCCAGGUGCAGAUAAAAGAGGUUUUCAAUGAGGUUCUUCAGUACCGCGAAGAUCCCAAAACCAAAGAGGAGACGGAAGCCCUUAGGAGAAAACUUGCCGAUGAACAAAAGAAGCGUAUGGACCUGGAGAGAGAGAAGGCUGCCAAUGAAGAAAAGAUCCGGUUGAGGAAGAUUGACCUUUCUCAAGUGAGGGAGAAGGUGGUGCAGCAAGAGGUAGUGAAAAUGGAGGAAGACCGGCAUCUUACAUCUGAGUGCGAGACAUUUUCCAGGAAUAUCAGCAGUGAGCAAAAGCAGAAGGAGGCCCUGAGAGACGAGCUGUACAAGCUUCAGUGCCAGAAAGCGGAUCUGGAGCUUCAGCUGGAAGAGCUUGAUCGGGAGCGCAGAGCCCGGCGGGACGCCGAGCUGGAAAUCCAGAGACUCAGACUCCGCCUCAGCGAACUGGAAAUGAGGGACAAAGAAACCAGGGAAAAGGUCACGGUGAAGCAAAAGGUAGUUCUUCAACAGGAUCCCCAGCAAGAAAAGGAGUAUUCUCUUCUCAAGCUGCAAGUGGAGGAGGAAAGGCACAAGCGAGUUCUGCUCGAAAAGGAGUUCAACGUCUUGGUACAGCAGCAGCAAACCCUGGAGAGAACAGAAGUGCGGGAGAAAGUGGUGCACUCUGAAAAGGUGCAGGUUGAGAAGGAUCCCGAAACACAAUUUGAGAUCGAGAGGCUCAAGAAAACCUUGGAGGAGGAGUCACAGCGCCGCCGGGAGCUGGAACAGGAGCUUAGUAACCUCAACUCCAGGCUAUCUGAAAUGGAAUUCUCCAACACAAAGUCAUCCAAAGAGCUUGACUACAUAAGAGAUGAAAACAGCAACUUGCAGCAGGAGAAUCAGCGACUGCAAAACGAAAUUAGGAAGCUGCAGGCAGAAAUUGAAAUCACCGUCAAAGAAACGAAACACAUCACAGAGUCCUCUCCAUCGGACAAUGGCAGGAAUCUUGAACUGAGACUGGCUUCCCUGCAGAAAGAACUUUCCGAGCUGAAGAGCAUCACCAAUCAAAAAGAUCAGGAGAUUGAAAAACUGCAAAAGAAUUUGUCUACGAUGAGAAUCAAAAAAGAGCAAAGGGAGAGUCAUCUUCGACGUUCUAUUGUAGUCAUUGACCCAGACACGGGCAAAGAGAUGAGACCAGAAGAGGCCUACAAAAUGGGUCUCAUCGACUGGAAAAUGUUCGUCAACCUUCAGAGCCAGGAGUGCGACUGGGAGGAGAUCUCUGUCAAAGGCCCAAAAGGAGAGUCGUCGGUUCUCCAUGACAGAAAAUCGGGAAAGAAAUUCUCCAUCGAUGACGCGUUAAGGAAUGGCCUCAUUACAAAUCGCCAGCUGCAGCAGUACCAUAACAAGGAAAUAAGUAUUCAAGAGUUCGGGAUCAUGGUGUCUGGCAGAAGCAAGUAAUUUUUGUACAUUCUGCUUGGACUUGUUGGAAGAUUUACCGAAUAUUAUUUUACCUUCGUCUUCACCUAAAAACAAAAUCCUAACAACGUCUUCUAAUAAUAGAGAAGAUGAAAACCAAACUCAUGUAAAGAAGACAUUACCACACCGAAUAAUGUGUUCAAACAGGCUGUGGUAUCAUGAAAGGUUUUUAUAUCGUUCUGACAUGGAAAAACAAAUGGUUUUAAUCUUGUUAAAGCACUGCAAAAUGACAACAAAAUACACCUGUGUUCUACCUGUAUUAUGUAUUUUGAUUAAUAAGUGUGAUAUAGUCUCAUAUACUCGAAUAUUUAAUGAAAUCAGACUUUUAUGCUGCAUUUACAAAAAGUGUUUUAAAAGAUUUAAAAGCAAACAAAAUCACAAUAGCAGCAGAAUCACAGAAUGAAAUGUAACCGUUUUCCUUUACAGUUUUUGAAAGGUAUCGAAAGCACUGAGCUCUGUGAUACAUAAAAAGCUAUUUAAAAAAAAAACACUCAAGUGGGUUUUAUUUGCCAAGUUUUGAGAACUUUCUUUCAUACAUUGUAAAGCUGGGGUUCUGGUUAACACGCUGCAAGUACUUUGGGUUACUUUGGGUAAUAAAGAAAAAUAUUUAUGCAUGCAUUGCUGUUAAUGCAACAUUACACUGAUGCUUAUAUAAUGUACCUUUAUUAAUACUCUUAAUAGCAUGUGUGUGUUGAAGGGGGGUUUAAAUUGUGUUCAAACAUAAAUAAACAGUAAUAAAACAGUU